AUGCUUUGGUUCCAUGUCUGUAACCCCGUACGCAUGAAACCGAUCGACCCGGCCCUCAUUCCACGCACGCGGUAUCUACCUCGCCCUGCUGCCUUUUUCUACCACACACACACCACCUCUUUUCCUUCUACUGGAGCUUAA